CGCGAACAGAAUCUGACGGAGCGCAUGCGCCGACUUGGUGCUACUAAAUUCACUACGGGGUCUCGGGCGGUUUGUGCACGGGAGCCGCACCCUGCUCAAGGCGGACGGGAAAAAAAAUUUACGAACACGCUUUGGAUUCUUGUGCACUGGGCGAGUUUCGAGGCGUGGAUUGGAUGUUGCAGUGUGGAUUUUGAGGUUCGUCGGUUAAGCGUAGCGGACACUCUUCCAUGCUGCUCAACGAACGGCUGUGACGGCAGGCCGGGAGACCAUUCGCCCCACGGCAAGCCUGGGACACCCGGCGACUAGCUAGGCCUAUUCUUAGAGGGAAGUUACACUCGGAAGGUUGCGGAGCCUAAACUAGCAGAAUGAAUGAAUUGGACAGUCUACGUCAAGAAGCGGAAACGUUAAAGAACACAAUACGAGAUGCACGGAAAGCGGCAUGUGAUACCACCCUGGUGCAAGCGACGGCCAACAUGGAACCCGUGGGGCGUAUCCAGAUGCGGACGAGACGCACGCUACGGGGACAUUUGGCCAAGAUCUACGCGAUGCACUGGGGCUCUGAUUCCCGCUACCUGGUGUCGGCGUCCCAGGACGGCAAGCUGAUAGUGUGGGAUGCAUACACCACCAACAAGGUGCAUGCGAUCCCACUGCGGUCGAGCUGGGUGAUGACGUGCGCCUACGCCCCGACCGGGAGCUACGUGGCCUGCGGGGGCCUGGACAACAUCUGCUCCAUCUACAGCCUGAAGACGCGCGAGGGCAAUGUGCGCGUCAGCCGAGAGCUGCCGGGACACACGGGCUACCUGUCUUGCUGCCGCUUCGUCGACGACAACCAGAUCGUCACCAGCUCCGGGGACAUGACCUGUGCUCUGUGGGACAUAGAGACUGGCCAGCAGUGCACAUCGUUCACGGGACACACCGGAGACGUCAUGUCCCUCUCGCUGUCCCCCGACUUCCGAACCUUCGUGUCGGGGGCGUGUGAUGCCUCUGCCAAGCUAUGGGACGUCCGCGAUGGCAUGUGCAAACAGACAUUCCCAGGGCACGAGUCGGACAUCAAUGCAGUGACGUUCUUCCCCAACGGGUAUGCGUUUGCGACGGGGUCGGACGACGCGACGUGCCGCCUGUUUGACAUGCGGGCGGACCAGGAGCUGGCCAUGUACUCGCACGACAACAUCAUCUGCGGCAUCACCUCGGUGGCCUUCUCCAAGUCGGGGCGCCUGCUGCUGGCCGGCUACGACGACUUCAACUGCAACGUCUGGGACUCCAUGAAGGCCGAGCGCGCCGGCGUCUUGGCGGGCCACGACAACCGCGUGAGCUGCCUGGGUGUCACCGAAGACGGCAUGGCCGUGGCCACGGGCUCUUGGGACAGUUUUCUCAAGAUAUGGAACUAGGGCAAAGACAGCAACAACUGCAAGAGAAGGGAGGAGAGAAGGAAGAGGGAAAUACCUCCUUUCCCUCCUUCCUCCCCCUCCCCGCUGCCUCCUCCACUGCACUCCCCGCCCCUCAUCUCCCUCCCCCCCUCCCUCCCACACCCGGCCGUAAAGAGGAAAGGGAAGACAAAAAAAAAUCACAGGAACCAAGGGGAGGGGAGGGGGGGCUCCUUCUCGGAAGUGGCGCGGCGCUUCUUCGUGUUGCACUGGACCAAGCUCUCUCUUUUUCCCCUUGCCCACAAACUCUUCCUUCUGUCUUAUUCCUCUCUUUGCUGCCCUCUUCGUCGCACUCUUCGGUUAAUUUUUCUGCAUCCCCCUCUGUCGUCGGGAUGGCUCUCGAGGAUGAGCAUUGCUUCCACUUAGAGGCCGGUUUUUCCUUUCCGGGGGAUUGCGCCUUGAGCUUGGCGUUCCGGGGCGGCCCUUCGGGGCGUGCGUCGGCGUGUGUGUCGCAGGGCGAAAGGUUGUGUGCUUGAGCGUCACGCAUGCGAGAAGCGGCGGGCCAGGCUCAGAGUCGAGAAUCCAUCGAAGUUUAGUCCCCGGCCCGACCGCCCCCCCACCCCGCGCUCCAAUUUCUUUUUCUUGUUGUUGGAGAAAGAGAAAACGGAGACUGUCUGUCUGUGUCUUUUCUGCUGGGCACACCAGCUUUUAAAUUCUCUAGUCACAGGUGCGUGCGUGCGUGUGUGCAUGAGUGAACGAGCGUACGUGUGAGGAAAAGGCGUUCUCCCGUUGUCCCCCUCUUUCUUUCUUUUUUUUUUGUCCCGGCUGCCACACCUCUUCGACCCGUCGGCUCUCGGAGGUUGGCCGCGCACAUUGUUUCCGACGAGACGAACAGGGACAAAGGGUACUGCUUUUUUUUUUUAUAUAUAUAUAUAUUAUAUAUAUCUGGCCGUAGUUUGCCAAACUGCGAGCAUAUUUUCCAAAAAGGCACAGCCAGUUUGCCGGCCUGUUCCGCUCUUACUGCCUGUACUAUUUGUGUCCUUUCUUGAGGAGGAGUUGGAAAUAAAAUACUAGGAUUACGUUUUUUGUUUCUUUGCGGAACGUCUGGGCUGCCCCAAAGGGCUUUGUUUCUUUCGUUCUCAAAAGCUUCUUUUUUUCUUUUUUGUCUCUCUUGGCGGCGCCCUGGCUCUUACAAAUUUUUGGGGCAAUUUGUAUUUUUUGUUUCUUUUGUACAUAGCCUUGUAAAUGUUAAUUUUGACGGCAUGUGUGUUCCGUUUUUUCGUUUCUGCACAAGGGCUAGGAUCUGGUUAUUGUUUCAAUUUUGCGCUCAGUCGCCGAGUUUCCGCAAAAUGGGCAAAUACGGGCGCGUGCCGAAGGUUUUUAUUUCUCGUCCCCCUUUCUGCGCCUAGUGCCGGAUGCGACCACUCUGGUCACGUUAGGCUCGGGUUGAGGAACCGCACAGAUGCGCAGGUUGCCCGAGUUGGUGGCUUUUCUUCGGCCCUUUACUCUCUCCAUCCUUUAGUGACAGUGCGGAUCCACCUUUUUCUUCGCCACAUUCUUCGGGUCGAAAGUGCCGUAUGGCCGAGAGUGCGAGUGUGUUCUACCGGCUUGGCUUUGGUUUGUUUGGCUUAGGUCAUAGCUUCCGCCGAUGAAACUCUCACGGGCCAGGGUGCCGUGCACGCCUUUCUUUGCUAACGCUUUCUGCCGCCCCCUUCCCCCUCCUCUCACCCUCCCCCCCCUCACCCAGCCACCUCCUGCAGCAUCUCCACCUCCCGACCUCUGCCCACGUUUUUGCCCGGCGGAAGGAACUGGUUUCUGUGCGGUGUCCGUUUUGCCACAAACGUGAGUGCCAGUGCAUCUGAUGUGUGCGGUCGUGGUUUGGUUGUUCCUUUUUUUUUUUUCCGUCCCCCCCCUCCCUUUUUUUUUCUAGGAUUUUGAGGCAUUUUUGUUUGCAAUGAAGCGAAAGUCGCAUUCGCCGGGAAGUCUGACGCGCGUCAAGACCCCGGGAACGCCGGAACUGGAUGCUGGCGCCCAUGGAGAGCCGACGGACCUGCUCUUUGGCUUAUCACGAGGAUGACCAAAACUGAAGGGGAGGGAAGGGGGGGCGGGGAACGCGUCUGCUGCGAGAUCGUCGUGUGCGUGUGUGUGCAUGCAUCUACCCGUUUCCAAACAGAGGGAGAGACUCUUCCUCGUAGCUUUAUUUAUUUUAUUUUUUUUUUCCGCCGCCCCUUUUCUUCGGCUCUUCUCCGAGCAGGAGGGAGGUCCGUGACUGCUCACGCGACGGGCAGUUGCCGGGACGUUUGCGUGGGGGAUCUAGGUGGCGUGGUCGCCCGGACAAGAGCCCCAGUCUGGGCGACCUCUUCACUGCCCCCUCUUACCCUUUCUGUCCGCCCCCGCGGCAGAAGGGUGGGUCCGGCACGCCGCCCGCCCGCGCAGAAGAGCUUUGGCGCACAUGCAUCGGCUCGGUCGCGGACCUCCCGUUGGCCUGCCUGCCCCGCUGUUGCCUCGAGUCCCGGGGAAGAGCUGCGAGAAUGCUGCGUGAGGGCUUCUUGUUUUUUUUGUCCUUUUUAAUUGUAUCUCUCUGCUGCCAUGUUCUCCUUUUUCUUUUUUACGGGAGUGUCGCUACAAAGGCGGGGAGAACAAAACAAGUCACUUUUCCAGGCAUAAGCAGCGGCGGCGGCAGUCUUCUCUGUAAAAUUUCGAAGAGGGUAAAAAAAAAAAAUAUACAUAUUGUUAUGAAUAUGUAUACAUGCAGAGACACUGUCACGGUUUGUCGCUGGUACAUAUAUAUAUACACACACACAGAUGUACACACAUACCCACACAUGCAGACAUAGGACGUCGAUCGCUCGGGCAGUGUCGAGGGUUUUCUCUCGCGUGGUUGGAACGGGAACUUUGCGAUGUUUGGUGCGAGGAUGCCUCACUGCCCCGAGUGUGACAACUGCCAUACUUCUAAGGUGAUGACGAGGAGGGGGAAACAAAAAGCUGGGUUUGUGUAGGCUACAAAAAGAGGGGAGGGGGAACGGUUUUAGGGAGAGGGUGCACCGCCCUUCCCCCGCGCGGCAGGUCCCCUCCCCCUCGGGACGAGCGUCUUGUGCACUUUGGUACGCCCCCCCCCCCCCCCCCUUUUCUCCUGGGCCCUCCGGGCCCUCUUCCGGUUUGUCGUUUCUUUCCUACGUUCCCCCCUAUCACUCUUCUCCUCCCCCUUUUUUUGUUAGGUACCUCGUAUCUUUUUAUAUGACGGAAAGAAAAUAGUGUGGCUAGUGCAGCGAGCACGCCGCUCUAAAAGACUGUUAACUAGAGGCGAGCGCAAUUCGUUCGUCUCUUGCGUGUGGUAGGGACUGCCCUUCCCUCGGACUCCUUUUUCGAUUUGCAAAUGGGCGAUCUGUUUCCCGCCUCGUCGCGGAAAAGAGAAAAAAAAGCGGACAGAGCGAACAAAUUGCCCGAAACUUUAUAUAUAUAUACAUAUAUAUAUACGAAAUAUGUAUCUUCAUAUGUGUAUGCGCAUUACCAAGGACACAGACGCUCGCACGAGCGUCGUCCCAUCCCUUCCUGUGCCCGCCUUGCACUUUGCGGCCGACGACCCUUUCCCUCUUUUGUAUGACUGGUCGCCACCCACCCUCAUCCACCAGUGCCGAGUAUGCAGUCAACUUGGUUUUGCUCGUGCACGCGACUUGUUUCCUCGCUCUGGCCGCGCGUCGCCAACGGCCAGUCGCUCGGACACUUCACGACGGAGCGCUCUUUGGGGAGAAAACGGCUUGGGCGCUUCUCCGUAGUCGAGGCUUCUCGACGAGCUCCGUUUUUCGCAAAUCGGCUGCGGCAGCGUCGGCGGUAGUUGUCAAGGUUUUGCUUGGCCUCUCUGUCUCAGAUUCUCUCUCUCUCCCCUGAAGCUCCUUCUUGAUUUUAUUUUUUUUUUCCCUCGCAGGGUACAAAAUAGGCAAAGGGAAACCACCAAAUGUCUGGUCCCCUCCCCUCUUCCUUGAGUUUUUGUUUUUUUACUAAUGGUUUUGUUUGCAUUUUUAGUUUUGCUUUUAGUUCUAUUGGGCAAAAAAAAUAUAAAAAACAAUUACUCGGAUUUGAUGAGCUGUGCAGGGGGGGGGGAAAUGCAACCUACAGAACACAAACACGUUGAAAGAAAAAAAUGGUUUCGAAGUGUGGGGAAAAGUGCAAAAGAAAAGCGGAGAGUGAAGGAAGAAAAAAAAAACUUGUUCCCGGGUGUUUUUUCGACACCUGGCCAGCCUGUGUGUCUUAUUUCAGUAUGUAGCUUUCAGUCUUGUUUGUGAACCAGUUUCCUUGUGUAUGUUAUUUAACUUGUCCAAUAAAGCUGUUUGUCUUUACGUACAAAAGAAA